CAGCCUCUUGGGAAUGAAUUGAAGAAAAAUUCUGAAACGGAGAGACAAAAGUAAUUGAAAAAUUAUAUAUAUAUAUAUUAUUUAAUUUUUUUGGUGUACCCUGGCUCUCCUUGGCAUCCAUGAAUACACUCCACUGAUUUUUUUAUAGACACCAGAACAUAGUGAAAUUAGAUCAGUAUCUAGUUUAUUGCAUAAUAUUUUGUUAGCUAAUGUCUUAGGAAAACAGCCCCCCUAAAUAUAACAUAUAGAUUUUGUUCUGACUUUACAGGGUCGAGAUAAAGCUCAGGAAAAACGUAAAGUUAUUUACAAGCAGAAGGGAAAUCAACUGUGGAAAGGAAAUAACGGUAACCAUGGCUCCAACAUUGUACGAUGAGAAGCCAGAGCCAGGGGACCUGAUAGAGAUAUUCAGAUGCAACUUCCAGCACUGGACUUUGUACGUUGGUGACGGUUUUGUCGUUCACCUGGCCCCACCCUCCGAGGUCCCUGGAGCCAGUUCCAACAGCCUGAUGUCUGUGCUCAGUGACAAGGCUAAGGUGAAGAAGGAAAAGAUCUGGGACGUGGUGGGGCAUGAUCAGUGGUGCAUCAACAACCAGCUUGAUAAGGAUUACCAGGUAAGUACAGUCAGACCCAUCUGUGAGAUACUGAAGGACGCCCAGGCCUAUGUGGACCAGGAGCUGCCCUUCUGUGUCUUCAAGGGGAACUGUGAGCACUUUGUCACAGAGCUGAGAUAUGGGAAGGCUGAGUCUCGACAGGUUCAGCAGGCUGUGGAAACAGUGGGAAUGGCCGCAAUGGUGGGCUUUGGAGUCCUUGCUGUUGCAGGUAUCGCGGCAGCCAUCUUUGGAGGUGGAAGCAAAAAGAAGAAUAAAGGGGGAGAAUAUAAGUGAGCACCUGUAUGGGGCGGCAGGGUAGCCUAGUGGUUAGAGCGUUGGACUAGUAACCGAAAGGUUGUAAGUUCAAAUCGCCGAGCUGACAAGGUACAAAUCUGUCGUUCUGCCCCUGAACAGGCAGUUAACCCACUGUUCCUAGGCAGUCAUUGAAAAUAAGAAUUUGUUCUUAACUGAAGAACGGCAUAAAUUGCAGUAAAUAAAGGUCAAAUAAAUAAAUAAAAUAUUAAAAAAUAUGAUAGCUUCCUGAGCAGCCAAUCACCAAUAGGCCUGAUAGAGAUGAAUUAUUCAACUACAGUACUACUGCCUUCGUCACUUGAAUAAUUCUGUUGUUUUCAGAGGGGAGGUUUGAGUAUUUUCGUACAUCUUUUUAAAAAACUUUUACAAUUACACAGACAUGAUUUGAAAGCACAAAGGAAACGAGGAACAGUGUCUUGUUAUAAUUCCGAGGUUUAAAGGCUUGGAGGUGUCUUGCAGGCUUCUAGCUGAUUUAACAAAAAAAUGAUCAUUUACUUAUAAGCUAUGAAGUUUCCCUACUAAAGUUUCAACAUAUUUAUCUAGACUGAGAUCUUUUUAUAGUGGGAUAAAAUGGUAUUCCACUGAAGUUCUGAUAUUUCUAUCAUGAAUUCAAUUGUCUUUAGGACUCACAGAACUACUCCUGGUUAGGGUCGGAGUGGAUACGUCCAGUGGGCGUCUUGAGCCCCCACCUGUUUAGCUAAUAAAAAAAUUAAAAAUAUAUAUUUUAAAAAAACGUGUGCCUGUUUUACAUGUUAUUUUGGCAAUUAAACGUGUCACAUAUCAGUUUGCAAACAUUGUAAAAAAAAUAAAAAAUUUUUUUUUUUUUUUUUAAAGAAUCAUUGAGUUUAAUAAAACAAUACAAACAUGGUC